CGAUGACCAAAUGUGUUGAAACAGCUGAUCAGAUGCCUCUGAUCUUAAGCCACAUGGCUAUCUUCGAUUUCCCUUAAAUGUAUCAGUUUCUUCUUCCUCAUUAAUUCUGUGAUAUCAUUCUCCUCUUCAAACACCAAUCUCUAAUCUCUCAUAUAGUUCAUACAUCGCCAGAUCCAACUUGACCUCUCUUUCCUUCUUCCUCUUCAUUAUUCUGUCCACCUGCAGCCAACCUCUACACACACGCAUAUAGACAUAAAACAUGCUUCUUCAACCUAUUUUCCUUUCUGUAAUCUCCAUAUUCUGGUCAUGGUGGAUACUUGACGGCGUCGUUUCGGAUCCACAGACCACUCUUAUAUACACCCGCUGCACACCAUCUGCCAACCAAGACGUCUUGCCCAACUUAUCCAUCUUCCACGAAAACGUAAACGCAACGUUUCGAGAGAUCAAAGAGAAUAUCGUCUCUGAGAACAAGUACUUGGCGACGGCAAGGAAAGCCAACGCAGAAAACCCUGUUUCCACACUUUUUCAGUGUAGAAACUAUAUCUCCAUUCCCGACUGUGUCGCCUGCUUCGACGUCGCAGCCCGGCAAGUCCGUAAGUGUCCUCCGGCGGCACAAGGUGCCGGCGUUGUCUUCGAUGGCUGCUUCCUCAGGUACGAGACCAAUGCCUUCUUUUGGAAGACAACGGAGGAUUUCAAUGCCGUAUCAUGUGGAAAUCAAACUGUAGGAGAAUCCAUUACAUUAUUUACCUCACUUGUGCAACAACUGCUGAAGAAUCUGCAAACAACAACACCCAAAAAGCAAGGGUUUUUUGCAGCCACAAAGAUAGAAUUGCCUGAUAAUAAUGGUACAACUGUUUAUGGCUUUGCUCAAUGUAUUGAAACUGUCACUCCAAACGGCUGUUUCAAUUGCUUGAACACUGGAUAUGACAAUAUUAUGGCCACUUGUCUUCCCAAGUCGGAUGGUAGGGCUUAUGCUGAUGGAUGUUUCAUGAGAUACUCCACCUCUUCCUUCUUUCCACAUUAUUACCAGCCCAUUAAUAUUACUUCCUUGGGCAAACAAGGUUCCAUUUGA